AUGCCCAAGCGCAAGCUGGACGUGGAGGUGGUGGACGCCAAGACGGGCGCCUCGGGCGCGCCGCCCCUGGUCGCCAUAUUCCCCACCGGGCCCCCUGGCCCGGAGGGCGGCGCGGCGACGGCCGUGUACCGAAACUCCAAGUGGAACCGGUCAAACGAGUUUGUCGCCAUACGCCAGCAGGAGACGCUGGACUACGUUGGGCGAACCUUCGGACCAGAGAAUGAGUACUACCAGCCGUGCAGCUUCGUUAUUGGCAUACAUGACAAGAAGGCAAGGCGGCUGCGCAUACUGCCGAUUGCAGGGAACAGGCUGUGUCGCAUGGAACCCCGCCUACACCGCCUGGACUAUGGCCAGGGGGCAGAGAUCACCAAAGUUGGAGAAGGCACAGUGAAGGAAGGGAGGGCAAGGCUGCUGCAGGCGUUCGGAAGCGAAACCGCAAAGAGGAGGGUCCGCAAUGCAAAGAGGAGUUCAAUAGAUGCGGCCACCAUCCAAGCUGGCGAUGCAAUGACAGGAUUGCUGGAGGAGUCUUCGAAGGUGGCUAGAGCAGAGGGGAAGAGUAGAGAGCAGGUCCUGGCAGCGGCCAACUAUUCAUCCAGCCUUCCCCCCUGCGACCUGGAUGCCUGCACAGGCGAGAUAGCCUAUCCCUUCGCCAGGCUGUGUCCACCUCCGCUGUGGCCUGCACUGAACGGGACACGCUUCACCAAGGCCACAACUGAUGCUGAAGUCAAGGAGAGCCUUGAAAAGAGCAGGGUGCCGGCGUACGUGAUGAGUCGUCUCUGCAAGGCUGCCCCUGAUGGUGACAAGUCGGAGCAGAAGGCUGUGCAGCUGGCUUUCUUGGGUGAGCUCAUACGACUGUAUGAUGCGCCCAAUGUGCUGCGCACACAGCCUGGCUUUGCGGGGCUGGAGAAGCUGGCACAACAAAGACACAUGGACUGCAGCAUCGUCGAGCACCUGUUAGGGCUGUUCUACAACCGAAGAGCUAUGGGCGGCAUGACGCAAUUUCAACGUCCCGACUCGCAGCUGGUCCUGCACUCGUUGUACGUGCUGGUGGUGGCACUCCUCAUCGACGACUGCAGCCUGGACGCGGAGCAGGUGGACCAGUUGGCCCGUGAACUGAAGAUUAGGCUGUCGGUGCUGACUGGCAGGUUCAGACACCUGGGGUGCAGCGUGCGGAGCCACACGCGGGCGGGUCGGGAGGCGGGCUAUAGCGUGACCCUGCUCCUUGGGACUGAGGGCAAGAGCUUGAGGGACUCGCUGAUGCCCAUCAGAGUGGCGAGAAGACGGUAG